AUGUCGGAGAAAGAUAAUGGCCCGCGUAUGCUGUCUAAGCAGGAGCUGCUAGUCAACCACAUCGCUAGCCUUUCUCAAGACUACGCCGUGAAGCCUCAUCUGGAGUACAGCACCAUUCGCGCCGUUAAUGGUCCUCUGGUGAUCGUGGAGGACGUCCGCAAACCGACCUACGCGGAGAUCGUCAAGAUCGAGCUCGCGGAUGGGAGCAUCCGACGCGGGCAGGUGCUGGAGACGGAUGGAACCAAGGCGGUGGUGCAGGUUUUUGAGGGGACCUCCGGCAUCGACGUGCUGCACUCGAAAUGCGAGUUUACGGGAAAGGUGAUGGAGCUUGGGGUGAGCGAGGAUAUGCUCGGACGCAUCUUUAACGGUUCAGGAACACCGAUCGACAACGGCCCACCGGUGCUCCCGGAGCAGUACCGUAAUAUCGAGGGCAUCCCCAUCAACCCGCGAGCGCGGGUGUAUCCUGAGGAAAUGAUCCAAACAGGAAUCAGCUCUAUCGACGUCAUGACGUCGAUAUCUCGUGGGCAAAAGAUCACGCUCUUCUCCGGUGCCGGUCUCCCGCACAAUGAGAUCGCGGCGCAGAUCGUGCGGCAAUCCGGCCUGGUGAAGCAGUCGGGGAAGAACGAAGAGUUCUGCGUGGUGUUCGCCGCCAUGGGGGUGAACCAGGAGACGGCGCGGUUUUUCCGAACCGAGUUCCAGCAGAAUGGCUCACUCGAAAGAACGGUGCUGUUUUUGAACCUCGCGAAUGACCCGACGAUCGAGCGGAUCGUGACGCCGCGUUUGGCGCUCACCACCGCGGAGUACCUCGCCUACGAUUGCGGCAUGCACGUGUUGGUGAUCUUGACGGAUAUGAGCUCCUACGCGGAUGCGCUGCGCGAGGUGUCGGCGGCGCGCGAGGAGGUUCCUGGCCGACGUGGGUUCCCAGGUUAUAUGUACACCGAUCUGGCGCGUAUCUACGAGCGCGCGGGCCGAGUGCUCGGCCGCGCCGGCUCCAUUACACAGAUUCCUAUCCUUUCCAUGCCCAACGACGACAUCACGCACCCGAUCCCAGAUCUUACGGGUUACAUUACAGAGGGGCAGAUCUAUAUCGACCGGCAGCUGCAUAACCGACAGCUCUACCCACCUGUCAACAUCUUGCCCUCCCUCUCUCGUCUGAUGAAGAAUGCGAUUGGAGAAGGGAUGACGCGCAAGGAUCAUAGCGGCGUCAGUAACCAGAUGUACGCAGCCUACGCAAUCAGUCGGGAUAUCCUCGCUAUGAAGGCUGUGGUUGGCGAGGAAGCACUCAGUAGUGAGGACCUGCUCUACCUGGAGUUUUUGGGCAAGUUUGAGAAGAAAUUCAUCCAGCAGGGCUUUCACGAGACCCGUGAUAUCUUCCAGAGCUUGGAUCUUUGCUGGGAGUUGCUCCGCACAUUUCCGAAGAGUAUGCUUAACAAGAUUGAGAUAAAGAUCCGUGAUGAGUUCUACGACCGUCAGCCGAUGCAUACGUAA